GGCCGGGCGGCCGCGAGAGUGUUUUCAGUUCCGCCUCCAAUCGCCCCUUCCCCUCUCCCCGCCAGCCCCUCAUCCCAUUCGGAAGAGGAAGGAACAAAAGGUCCCGGACCCCCGGCUCUGACGGGGCGGGACCCGGAGCCUCGGCGCGCAGGUUAGAUAGAGAAGCGUCUUUUCUCAGUGUGGGUUGCGGCCUUUGGUAAGAGCAUGUCGUCCAUCUUGCCCUUCACUCCGCCAGUCGUGAAGAGACUGCUGGGAUGGAAGAAAUCAGCCGGUGGCUCUGGAGGAGCGGGUGGAGGAGAGCAGAACGGACAAGAAGAAAAGUGGUGUGAGAAAGCGGUUAAAAGUUUGGUGAAGAAGCUAAAGAAAACAGGACGAUUAGAUGAGCUUGAGAAAGCCAUCACCACUCAAAAUUGUAAUACUAAAUGUGUUACCAUACCAAGCACUUGCUCUGAAAUUUGGGGACUGAGUACACCAAAUACGAUAGAUCAGUGGGAUACAGCAGGCCUUUACAGCUUCUCUGAACAAACCAGGUCUCUGGAUGGCCGUCUGCAAGUGUCUCAUCGAAAAGGACUGCCACAUGUGAUAUAUUGCCGAUUGUGGCGUUGGCCUGACCUUCACAGUCACCAUGAACUCAAAGCCAUUGAAAACUGCGAAUAUGCUUUCAAUCUUAAAAAGGAUGAAGUAUGUGUAAACCCUUACCACUACCAGAGAGUUGAAACACCAGUUUUGCCUCCGGUAUUGGUGCCACGGCACACCGAGAUCCUGACCGAACUGCCUCCCCUGGAUGAUUACACCCACUCCAUUCCAGAAAACACUAAUUUCCCAGCGGGAAUUGAGCCACAGAGUAAUUACAUCCCAGAAACGCCACCUCCUGGAUAUAUCAGUGAGGAUGGAGAAACGAGUGAUCAACAGUUGAACCAAAGUAUGGAUACAGGAUCUCCAGCAGAACUGUCUCCUACUACUCUUUCCCCUGUUAAUCAUAGUUUGGAUUUGCAGCCAGUUACUUACUCAGAACCUGCAUUUUGGUGUUCAAUAGCAUAUUAUGAAUUAAACCAGAGGGUUGGAGAGACCUUCCACGCAUCACAGCCCUCACUCACUGUAGACGGUUUCACAGAUCCAUCCAAUUCAGAGAGGUUCUGCCUAGGGUUGCUCUCCAACGUCAACCGAAAUGCCACCGUAGAAAUGACAAGAAGACAUAUAGGGAGAGGAGUACGCUUAUAUUACAUAGGUGGAGAAGUUUUUGCAGAGUGCCUAAGCGACAGUGCAAUCUUUGUGCAGAGCCCCAACUGUAAUCAGAGAUACGGCUGGCACCCGGCAACAGUGUGUAAAAUCCCACCAGGCUGCAAUCUGAAGAUCUUCAACAACCAGGAAUUUGCUGCUCUUCUGGCUCAGUCUGUCAAUCAGGGUUUUGAAGCCGUGUAUCAACUAACUAGAAUGUGCACCAUAAGAAUGAGUUUUGUGAAAGGGUGGGGAGCAGAAUACCGAAGGCAGACGGUAACAAGCACUCCUUGCUGGAUCGAACUUCAUCUGAAUGGGCCUCUGCAGUGGUUGGACAAAGUGUUAACUCAGAUGGGAUCCCCUUCAGUGCGUUGUUCAAGCAUGUCCUAAAGCUUCGGCACCAGUCAAGCGCCAUCAAAAGACUUAAUGUAACAACUCUUCUGUCAUAGUAUUUGUGUGUGGUCCCUACGGACUGUUUACUGUCCAAAAAUUGCAGAGAGAAAACAGCACUUGAGGCCUCGUCAAUUAAAGCACCUUGUGGAAUCGGUUUCCUAUAUUCAAAUAUUAGAUGGGAAAAUUAGUGUCUAGAAAUACCCUCCCAUAAAGGAGAAAGAGAAGAUUUUAAAGACUUGACUGAUGUCUUGUUGGGCAUAAAACUGAGUGUCCCAAAGGUUUAUUAAUAACAGUAGUAGUUAUGUGUACAGGUAAUGUAUCAUGAUCCAGUAUCACAGUAUUGUGCUGUUUAUAUACAUUUUUAGUUUGCAGAAAUUAGGUGUGUGUGUGCUGCUUCUUGAUUUAGGCAAGCCUUUAUAAAGUUACAGUACCUAAUCUGUUAUUCCCACUUCUCCGUUAUUUUUGUGUGUCUUUUUUAAUAUAUAAUAUAUAUCAAGAUUUUCAAAUUAUCAUUUAGAAGCAGAUUUCCCUUGUAGAAAAACUAAUUUUUCUGCCUUUUACCAAAAAUAAACUCUUGGGGGAAGAAAAGUGGAUUAACUUUUGAAAUCCUUGACCUUAAUGUGUUCAGUGGGUCUUAAACAGUCAUUUUUUUUUGUGUUACUUACUGCUAAAUCUCACUGUAACGAAACUUUGCAGAAAAUCUUUCCAGACCUCUUCUCCGUUCCCGCUUUUGCCCUGAUACCAAAACUGUGUAGCAUGACAUCCAUCACUAAAAUGGUGGCACUGAUACUGCCAGCACCAGUUAAUUCUGGGGCACAGUGCGAAUUCAUAUGGAAUAAACCCCUCCGUCUUGCAGCGAAUUUCAACAGAUAGUAAUUGACUUGCGUAACCAAGCAGUCUGGUGAUUUAUCCUUGCACCUCAUAAAAACGCAAAUGGCAGUAUAAUUGUUUUCAGGGAUAUGCUACAAUUAUUUCACUGUAUUUAUCCUUUUUUUUUUUUUUUUUAAAGCCAGUCUCUAGAUACAAACACUCUUUUUUAAAAGCUAUUUUACAAUACUUCAGUAGCGGACCUAGGGCUCUUUGAGUUUCGUGUGAUUUAGUUACCAGGUUGUAUUAUGAAAUGGACCUUUUUGUAAAUGUAAUUGCUUCUGCACAAUACCCACAAAAGUGAUGCUGAGGUAUGAUCAGCAGAUAAGGGCCAUUUGUUUUUAAAGUAUGUUGUAUUAAAUUUAUAAAGUGUUAUUUUACCUAA